GUUGUAAUUUAUGCAAAAGUGCAUGCGCUAUGAAGAGAAGGCUCUGGCUCAGCCAGUGAAGAGAGAACACCGACACCUGCAGCCGCUGCUUCUGCCAUCCUGCUGAAAAACUGAAUUCCAGUAACGCUGCUCACAACAUCUUUCACGGGGAAUUUUUAAAAAUGCAAGAUGUUCCGACCAUUUGUGUUUUCUUGAUCCUGGGAGGUUUUUGGAGGAGCCUAGCACUAGUAAGCCUGCCAUGUGUGUCAGAGAAUGAUGGUGACCUGUACGUUGUGGGGUUGUUUCAAGUUUGCACAGAACAAGACAAUGCUGACUCAUUUAUGUAUACAGUGUUCACCGCACUUGAGUCUGCACUGAAGAACACAAUGAACAAUUAUUCUGGAUUUAAACUGGGAUAUAAACUCUACAGCUCUUGUGGAGACUGCCUUGAUAACUAUGAAUAUGACUGUUACUAUAAUGGUAACUGUCCUCUGGACAAUUUGCCUGUAGUUCUCCAUUUUACACAAGACUCUUUGGACUAUUUAACAGACUUUGGACCGGGAACCCUAAAGAUUGUGGUGAAUGGAAAUGGAUUGCUUUCCUUUUUGCCAAACUUAACUGAUUUUGGUAAAGUCAUUGGGUCAUUCUUUGCAGAAAAACGCUGGACCCUUGUGGGAACAAUUUAUGAUGCGUGCAACGAGUACAUAGAGUUUGAAAAUCAGAACAGCUCAGAUUAUUGCAAUGACUGGAAGAUGGUUGUCUCUGACUUUAAUGUAAAGAUAAAUGAAAUAAAAAAUAAUAUCUUUGGACAUACAAAUAAUGUCACAGUGUUCUUUGGUACUUUAAAGCAAUUUAAAGAGCUAAUUACAAGUGUGUCAGGAAACACUACAAGACCUUUCGUGUACUGUUGUCUUGAAACACUUGAGGACUUGACGGACUUCAGUGACGUCCUAAAUCGCUCGAUGUUGCUCUACCAUGAGAUACGACUUGAUGAUGAUUCUUACUCUUACUCCAAGGAAGUCAUGAAAAAUAUAACACAAUCUGCUGAAGCAUCUACAAUCAUAGGAGGUUCAACCAACUUUAAUGUCACAGUGACAUUCCAGCACAACAUUUCAGAUGUUGGGAAUAUUCAGCAUAAAUUAAAUUGGGCUGAAGUUAUGUUCAGUCAGAUUUACACUCUGAUUCGGGUCCUUUACGAAGUUGCCAACAGCACAUGCCGCAGCAGACUGAAAGAGUGCCAGAUAUGGACCAACACCUCACAGUGUUUAACAAAGAAUGAAACAUCACUGUUAAGGAGCUUGAUUAGUGCUGCAAUUCAAAAUGAAUAUGACUUCAAAGUUUGCAAUAUUGAUACAAAUAAAACACACAAAAAUAUGAACUGCUACAGUGUUUCUCGACCUCAGAGUUCUUUGUGUGUUCAAUCUUGUAAAGUCUCAGAAAGAAGUGUAAUGAUUGGACACUGCUGUAUGCAAUGUCAGCCCUGCUCAGGAGGGACUUUCAGCAAUGGAACAGACUGCCUGCCUCUCACUAUUGUCCCUGACAUUUUGAUCUACAUUCUGUCCCCGUUGGGCAUCGUCCUGUGUGUGGGGUCCCUGGCAGUUUUUCUAGCACAUGCUAAGACUCCCAUUGUGAAAAUGUCUGGAGGGAAGAUCUUCUACUGCUACUUGACGGGUCUCAUUAUUGCUUUCUCCAGUGCCCUCCUGUUUGCUGUGACCCCAACAAAUAACACAUGUCUGAUAGGUCUGCCUCUCUCGGCUAUGGGAUUCUCGGUCUGCCUCUCCAGUAUUCUUGCCAGGUCCUGCAGAAUUUUGAUUGCCUUUGCCAACAAAGCAGAAAGACCAAACAAGUUUCAGCUUCACUUCUAUAUUAUCAUCAUCACAGUGGGUACUCUGGGAGAGGUAACCAUUUGCCUAGCAUGGAUGCUGAAGGAUCCCCUUUACUUCACCUAUUUGCCCCAAGCAAAGCAAUAUACCAACAUGGCCUGUGACUGCAACAACAAGUACUGGUACUACAUUUCUUUUGGCUACCUCGGGCUCCUUUGUUUGGCUACUUGGGGGUUAGCCAUCAAGAGUAACGCUCUUCCUCCUGCUUUCAGUGAGUCCCAGUCCAUCUCCUUCAGCAUGUUGAUCUUCCUUUCUAUUUGGGGCUGCACAAUUCUCAUAAUCAUGAGUGAUAUCAAAGACCUGCAGACAGUGAUACUUGGGGUGUCCAUCGCAUUGUCUGCUUGGGGUAUUCUGGGUUGCAUCACUCUGCCCAAGGUCUUUAUCAUCCUUUUCAGGCCAGAAAGAAACAGCCAACAGUGGAUAAGACACAUCACUUAUGAGUACUGUCGCCAUGUUGCUUAUAAGGCUGGUAUGAAUUUGGAGACGCAACAUUCCACUGUUUCGACUUCAGCAACCAGCAUGUCAUCUGUCACUUCAUGAAACAGCAACUGCCAUUGAAAAAACACAAAUUUUUUGUCAAGAGUUACUGCCUAUGUACAAUUUGCAAAUUGUGCAUAUGGGAUUUCACUGGAUUUUCUCCUUGGGCAUAGCUUAUAUAGGGCUGGCCCCCAAAACUAUUUAAAAAAAAAUAAUUUCCACCAAAAAUUAACCAUUUAUAUAAUUUUCCUGUCAAUAUUAAACAAUGACUUAAGGUGAUUUUAUUAAAAUGCAAUUUUAAUGUUUGCCUUCAUGCUGUAUUCAGGAUAAGCACACAAACUGAAUUUUGACAAAAAAAUCUACAAUAUCAUGGUCAGUUGGUUGAUAGCUGUCUUUUGCCUUACGACCAAUGUUAUCCAUUUGUCAGGCUGUAGUGUUGUGUUUUAAUUCAUUUUCCUUUAAAUUUUUUGAAAUAUUCAACAUUUAUAUAGAGCUCAAUAUGUUUCUUAAGAACAAUCUCCUAAAGAACAGCUGAAGCCAAAAAGAGCAUUACAAUACAGCAAACCUGGAGGAAGCAGACUCAGGCCUUGAUGAUCCUGGUACUGUAGUGCCAGAAGAGACCCACGCAGUGCACUCUGCAUCCAACACCAGUCAGGCUGCAAGCCCAGUCAGAAUCAAGGCUGGUAAUGAAGACUUCUCACAUUCAUCUCACU